AUGGCGGAGAGACCUCUACUAACCCCUGAUCUUGAAGGUGAAUCCGUAGAUCAGACGCAUUAUCGAUCAAUGAUAGGAUCACUCAUGUAUCUGACUGCUAGUCGCCCAGACGUAAUGUUUACGGUCUGUCAAUGUGCUCGCUACCAAGCUAAUCCUAAACUUUCUCACCUAUUUGCUGUUAAACAAAUUUUUCGGUACCUCAAAGGUUGCCUAAAACUGGGUCUUUGGUAUCCGAAAAAUCCAGAAUUUGACCUUUAUGCUUUUGUAGACAGCAACUAUGGCGGGUGUGAGCUUGAUAGAAAAUUCACUUCAGGAGGAUGCCAAUUUCUGGGAGAUAGAUUGGUCUCAUGGCAGUGCAAGAAGCAACAUACCGUUUCCACCACAACAGCAGAAGUGGAGUAUGUCACUGCGUCUGCAUGUUGUUCUUAA